CACGAUCGAAAAAAAACUACAUUCAUGAUGUGAUGAGGCGCGCGGCGAAUAGCCAAUGACGUCCAUGAAAAGAGACUCGUGCCAUAUCUGACCAAUUGCGGCGUAUAAGCAGACAUCACGGUAGGUUGACUUAGUUGCUGGUAAGCAACAUUGGUAUGGUUGCUGACAUUUUCCGCGUUUUUAGUCCUUUUAAGAACGAGCUGUGUCAUUUUUGUUGUUACGUUUAAUCCACCAAAAGCAUCGUAGGUUUUCAGAAAGUUUUAAAAGGCGAUGAAAAAGUCCAAGAGGAAGAAAUGUCACGCAGGAGGUGUCGCUGUGAACGGGUCUGUAACAAGAGGUAAAGUCAACCAAGAACCAGACUCUGGAAGGAAGCAGAAACUGGCAGAGAUCCAUCAAGCUUUGAAUAGUGAUCCAGUGGACAUUGAGAUGCUAAGGAGAGCAGCAGCCACUAAAGGAGGACUUCUCACCGAUGAACUAAGAAGAAAGGUGUGGCCCAAACUGUUGAACAUCAAUGUGUAUGAUCUACCACAUAAACCUGGUCGAGAUGUGAGAGAGAACCACAAGGACUAUAAUCAAGUAGUCUUAGAUGUCAGGAGAUCCAUGAAGAGGUUUCCUAAAGGUAUGCCAGCCGGCGAGAGAGCAGUGCUUCAGGAGCAGCUGAUUGACAUCAUACUGGAGGUUUUGAAAUGUAACCCUCAGCUCCACUACUACCAGGGUUAUCAUGACGUGGCCGUCACUCUCCUGCUGGUGGUUGGGGAACGGAUGGCCAUUGCCAUGUUGCACACACUGUCCAUUUAUCACCUCAGGGACUUCAUGGACCCUACGAUGGAUAGCACUAAACACAUUUUAAACUACUUGAUGCCUAUACUGGAGCGUGUAGAUGCUGAACUCUAUGACUUCAUGAUCAGAGCAGAGGUGGGAACCAUCUUUGCGCUGUCGUGGCUCAUCACAUGGUAUGGUCAUGUCCUGUCAGAGUUCAAACACACCCUGAGACUCUACGACUUCUUCCUGGCCUCACACCCCCUGAUGCCCAUCUACCUUGCUGCUACGAUUGUGUUGUAUCGAGAGAAGGAGGUGAAAGAGACAGAGUGUGAUAUGGCCAUGGUCCACCACGUUCUGUCUCGCAUCCCCCAGGACCUUCCUUAUGAACUUCUAAUUGGACAGUCCCAAGCCCUUUUUGACCAGUAUCCUCCUUCUUUACUAGCCAAAAAUGCCGCACUGCAGUCUCGCAAAAGUCUCUCCAUCAGCACAUUUCAGGCGUUUCAGCGCUCCACUAUCCACCAGAGGCCAGACUCUGUUCUCCAACGCCUUACCAAGGCUCAGGGUGCCAAAAACUCCAGACAUGCUUUUUGUCAUUCCCAACUGGAACCAUUUUUGCCGCGGGACCGAGGCCAGCUGUGGGGGAAGGGGAACAGAAUGGUGAAGAUGGCGGUGUGGGGACUGUCCGCUACACUUGGCGCCGCUGUGUUUGCUGUGGCUCAGACAGCUUUGGACUGGGGACCUGAGGUGUUGCUCCAACUGUUUUGAUGUGACUGAUAGACACACUGCUACUUAGUAUCAGCAGAUCCGUGUCUGCAUUGACAUUGUACAAGCGUGCACAUGCACAUAGAUUUGAGGCUCGUCUUCCCUGCUGAUAUGCAGCAGCAAACAAAAACUGGUGUUUAAAUAUUUGGUGCCAACAAGUUGUUGCUGCUCAACUGCAAUCAGCAUUUGUUUGUCGGCAUCAUGUGUGAGACUCACAAAUGAUCAUUUUGUUUAAAUUUUUUAAAUCAAGCUCUUGUCAUGUUCCUGUUUUCGCAUGUGUGUUGGCUUUUGGCUGACGAGUCACUUUCGGUCUGUCGCGCUCGCUUUUGCUGCACCUUGUUGAUGGUGUUUUUAGGGCACUUGUUGGAUCAGCAGCCACAUCUGAGAACCAAAAGUCUCUGCACGAUGACACGUGAAUACAAAUUAUUAAAGAGUGGCAUUUUCCACUGAAAGCUUCAUUUCUAAGCAGGAAGGGGAAAAAAGGUGGGGGACGGUAGGACAGAAAUUGGAGGAAGUGAUGAAGAGAGAGAUUUAGCCUGUGAGUCACUGCUGUUAAUUGCUUUACUUCAGGUGUCUGAGUUACAUUUAGAAUAUGACAGAAAAUGAGCUGUCAAACCUCUGCCCCCAAAUGUCACAACGCUGCAGUCAGUUAGUGUGUAACGGUGCAAAACGUGGGCUGCUGAUGUAUUUUGUAUGGGGGUAUUGAAAAUUACACGUUUAAAAAAGUUAUUUAUUUAUAUUGUGAAGCAGUUUUCUAUCUGCUGUGGCUGAAUGGUGCUGAAUUAACACAGGCAACACACCAGUACUUUUGCAUUCUUAAAAUAUUUAGCAGGUUUGCACCAGCAUUCACCCUGAACAACCGUCAACAGAGCUCCACUAUUUGUGCUGCGUUCUUCUCAUUAUCAUAUUUUUCUUCAGGUUUUUUUUAACCUAACUCUGCACUAUGUGGGUAUAAUUUGGCUUAUUUUUCUAGCACAUUAUGUGAUGGAGUAAAUUACAUUUAAUUUAUUUAUUUCUCCCUGAUUUACUACCUGCAUCACAUUAAGAUAUUAUUUCUAACUCAUCAUUGGCAUCAGGUUAAAAAUAGUGCAGGUUAUUUCACAUGAAGUAUCAAACAUUUUGGGUUAGACUUAUUAUUAUCAUUAUUAUUAUCAUUAUCAUUUUUAGCUUCUAGCUCUCGCUAAAAUAUAGCCAAAAAUCAUUUGAAGCCUCACACAGUCUUGUCACAUUCUGCAGACCUUCAUGCACGGUUUAACCUGUUGAAUUCAGUGUAAUCUGCUUUCUUGUCCACAAAAUUAAAUCCUCA